UAAGCAGUGGAUGAUUAUUAUUAUGCAAACCCUCUAAUGCGCUUUAAGGUGAAGAUAGACAAUACAAAGGGUUCAUAUAACCAUCACAUUAGUCAUAGUGGUCGCUAUGCUCAAAGCAUUCCAGAUGAAGAUCCCUGGGUUUCUGGAACCCAUUUUACUGUAAAGGAAGCGGUAAUAAUGCCUCCGUUUCAAAUUUUGCCAACAUAUGUAAACACUCCGACUACUGCCCAUCCUAUGUAUUCAACAGAAAGUUGCUCGGAUUUUCAUGUUUUGAUUACUGCACCAGUAUUACAAGAAAAAAUAUGUUUUGAAAUUGAUGAGAAGCCAGAUGCUAUUGUAAACCUAAUACAUGAUGUAAAAACCGGAAAUACCCUUAAUGGUCAAUUGGUUGAAGAUACAAGUAAUUCUAAUGUUAAAUUUGGAAAAUUUGGAUUUAUCAACAUGAGAGAGGAACUACAAGUGGAAAUUUCAACCGAAAAGAUCAUUAUGACUCACAACGGCACUGUAAAAACCUAUGAGUGGAACACAUCUUUUGAAGAACAUGGGUUUCUGAAAAAAGAUGAAGAAAAAAUAACAGUAACAGUGCAUGACGGUGUACAGGUUACAAUCUACAAGAAUAAAAAUUCAAAUUACCUUAAUUUAUUUGUAGAAGCAAAACAUCUGAUUUCAAGUAAUACAAGUGGGCUACUAGGUCAGGUAUUAAGUGUUGAUAACCUACAUAUAGGCAAAGGUUUUCUUAUUAUCUACGGAAAACGUCUUCCAUUGCCAAGUCAUAGCUACUGUGACCUUGGAACUGAACUUGAACACCAUGGAUCAUGUAUUCUUAUUAAUAUUAAACUAGAUGAAUUUAUCAAUGAAUCCAGCAAAAGGGUUACAAAUAUAUUGGAAGUUCCACAGCUAACACCCUCUGAAUAAUAUACACAAGUAUACAAAAGAACAAGUCAAAUUACAUUUUAUUACAUUUAAUUGAAUCCAAAAAACAGUGAUCUCAUUUAAGAAUUUUCUUUUUUUUAAUGUGGGAAAACAUCAAUUUGCUCUGUAUUGUAGCAUUGUAACUCUUGCAUGAGAUUAAAGUAUAUUUUGUUUUUCCAUUAAAAAAUAUUGUAAAUAUAA